AUCUUAAAUAUUACAUUUAAAUAUAUCACUUUACUUUCCUCUUUGCGCAGCUCAAUAUAUAUAUAUAUAUAUAUAUAUAUAUAUUUGUAUCCAAACGGCGUCGUUUUGUUGCUGAAAGAGGCGAUGAGCGGUCGACGUAAGGUGAAAAAUGCCGGCUAAUGCUUGUAAUCUACCAAUUUUCAAUGGCCGCAUCAAGGUGCAGAAUUUUGGUGAAGGGCAGUGCUGAAAGGGUUGCACAUACCCUUCUUGCCAGCCCCAAGGCCAGGAACUCAGAGGUUUGGACGACGUGUCCUGUCGGACUUUCUUACAUCUUUUCAAGAUUACAUUCACAAUGUAGAGGUUGUCAUAGAGGAUUUACCUCCAGCAUUUUAUAUGAAGCAAAAAGAACCUUAUGGAAGACUUACAAUUCAAAAACUAGUUGUUUGUUCUUUACGAAUGAAUCAGUCUCACACCAUGCUCGAAUUGCCUGGAAGCGGCUACUUCAAAUUCAUUCAAGCUGUGGAGCAAUUCUGCCACCAAUAAAUAGGGUUACAUGUGUGAUGAGCCUUGCUUUGGCUCGCUCACAUCUGGUAUCUCCUGGCAUUUUGGCCUUCCUUAUAGGACAGCUAGCAUGGAAGCAAAGUGUGCUUGCAGAAGCAGAAGGCUUCACAUCCCCGGAAUCAAUCUACAUGCAUGCAAAGGAUGGACAUAUCUACCUGACUUCAUUUAUCCUCUUGAUUUUAGAGGGCUUAAUAUUGCUCUCGAGAGCAGUAUACUUAGCUUUGUUGUUCUCCCCUUGUAUACUAAUGGCUCCUUUCGCGGACUCCCUUGGUAUUGAGUUUAGGAAGAAGUGGCUUCGUGCUGUGAGAAGAACUCUAGAGAAGGCAGGUCCAGCAUUCAUUAAGUGGGGUCAAUGGGCGGCAGCAAGGCCAGAUCUGUUUCCAGAUGAUAUGUGUAAUGAACUUGCAGAACUCCACUCUAAGGCACCAGCACAUAGCUAUGCGUACACGAAAAAAAGCAUUGAAAAGGCGUUUGGACGCAAGCUGCCUGAAAUAUUCGAAAAUUUUGAGGAGGAGCCCGUUGCAUCGGGUAGUAUUGCUCAAAUUCAUCGGGCCACCUUGAAAUUCCGAUAUCCUAGACAACGGGUUAAACCCAUUCGUGUUGCUGUCAAAGUUAGACACCCAGGCGUUAGUGAAUCUAUCAGGAGGGAUUUUGUACUAAUUAACUUGUUUGCAAAAGUUUCAAAGAUCUUCCCUACUUUGAAGUGGUUGAGACUGGAUGAAAGCAUACAGCAGUUUGCGGUCUUUAUGAUGUCUCAAGUUGAUCUUUCUAGGGAAGCAGCAAACUUGAGUCGUUUUAUAUACAACUUCCGCAGAUGGAAGGAUGUAUCAUUUCCCAGACCUCUAUAUCCGUUGGUGCAUCCUGCGGUUUUAGUGGAAACCUAUGAAGACGGUCAAAAUGUCUUGCGCUACAUUGAAGAGCUUGAAGAACCUAUCAAUGAGCUUGAAGGACGCGAGGGCAUCCGAAGUGCCCUUGCUCACAUUGGGACUCAUGCACUACUGAAGAUGAUGUUGGUGGACAAUUUCAUACAUGCAGACAUGCAUCCUGGAAACAUUCUUGUUAGACCACCGCAAGACGGAGCUUCAGGUAAAGGACUUUUCAAAUCGAAGCCUCAUGUGGUCUUCCUAGACGUGGGUAUGACUGCUGAGCUAUCUAAUAAGGACCGACUCCUUCUACUGGAGUUCUUUAAGGCCGUGGCUCUUCGAGAUGGGCGCACUGCUGCAGAAAGUACUCUUGGACUAUCUAAACAACAGAGCUGUCCGAACCCAGAGGAAUUCAUCAAGGAUGUGGAGGGAACUUUUAACUUUUGGAAAACACCUGAAGGGGAUGGCGUGCAUCCGGCAGAUUGCAUGCAACAAUUGCUUGAGCAAGUUAGACGUCAUCGGGUGAAUAUUGAUGGCAACAUUUGCACUGUGAUUGUGACUACUUUGGUGUUGGAGGGAUGGCAGCGGAAACUGGACCCAGAAUACGACGUGCUACAAACAUUGCAAAAGUUGCUAUUCAAAGACGACUGGACGGAGUCUCUCUUUCACACAAUCGGAGGGCUGAUGGCGCCAUAAAAAGGUGCCUCUUUCGCUCGCUUCCCCUCCCCACCACAACGUAGGGAAAACGAUUCCACAAUUUUGAUGGGAGUAAUAUACACACACACAUAGCAAUCUGGCAUUAGAGAAUAAGGAUGUAUGCUCUUCUUUUUCUUUUUUGUUAGAUUUGAAAAUUAGUUUAGCUCUAAUCUUGAUUUCUUACUUAUUUUUCAUCAUUGUGAGAUGAUAAUAAUUACUUAUCAAGAAUGUAUUUUGAUGAGAGAGUUUUGGAAUUGAGACAUAGUUGACUAUUUCUUGAGCCAUAUGUAUCAAACCCAAGGAAUUGGGAGGAAAUUUUUGUAUUAAUCCAACAUCUAUAUAUUCAUAUGAUUGGAAAUUUGAGGUA